AUGUGUAGCAAGACAGCUGAACACAUGCAAUGGCAUAAUUCUACACAUGCAAAAGAUGGAUUACUGAGACAUCCAAGGGACGGUGAAGCAUGGAAGAAUUUUAAUGCGACGCACACUCUGUUUGCCGAAGAGCCGCGAAAUGUUCGCCUAGGUCUUGCAACUGAUGGUUUUAAUCCUUUCGGAUCCCUGAGUUCUACUAAUAGCGUUUGGCCUGUGUUCUUGAUUCCAUACAAUCUUCCACCUUGGAUGUGUAUGAAUCACACUUCCUUCAUCUUAUCAAUGGUUAUUCCAGGAAAGAAGUCCCCGGGAAAUAAGAUAGAUGUGUACUUGCAGCCCCUUAUAAAUGAAUUGAAAGAUUUGUGGAUUGAUGGUGUGGAGACAUUUGACUCAUCAUCCGGAAACACAUUUAGAAUGCAUGCAGCUCUUAUUUCUAAAUGGUGCUUCAUGGGUCAUAGACGUUUUUUGGGAAGAAAUCAUAGAUUUAGACUGAAUCGUGUUCGUUUUGACGGAAGCAUAGAGGAGCGUGGUCCACCUAAGAAGUUAUCAGGUUUUGACAUUCUUGAACAGCAACAGGAUGUUGAAGCACGAGAUCAGCAACGAGAAGAAUCUCAUAGCGGUGGGAAAAGACCUCGACGAGAAGUUAAGCAGUGGAACAAGCGAAGCAUUUUCUUUGAUCUUCCGUACUGGAAAACCAAUUUGUUGCGUCAUAAUCUAGACUUUAUGCACAUUGAGAAGAAUGUGUGUGAUAACAUUUUGUACACUUUGCUUAAUGACAAAGCAAAAUCAAAGGACAAUCUUAAGGCACGGAAAGAUUUGAAAGAAAUGGGCAUAAGACGUGAUCUCUGGCCAAGUGAUAAUGGAUCGUAUCAUUUAUCUUUAUUUUCACUAACACGUGACACCAAGAAGCUAUUCCUUUCGACAUUGAAGAAUGUUGUGCUACCAGAUGGAUACUCAAGUAAUAUUUCGAGAUGUGUGGAUGAAGGACAGAAAAAAAUUUUUGGAUUAAAAAGUCAUGACUGCCAUAUUCUUUUGGAGGAAUUGUUACCAAUAGCAGUUCAUAAUUUGCUGCCAGAUCAUGUUACCGCGGUAUUGGUUGAGUUUGGGUCAUUCUUUAAGAUCCUUUGUGGGAAAAGCCUAAGUACUUUUGAACUUGACAAGCUCCAACAACGCAUAGUGGUUGUCCUUUGCCAGUUGGAAAUGUUAUUCCCUCCAUCAUUCUUUACCGUCAUGGUUCACUUGACAGUCCAUCUAGUAGAGGAAGCAAAGCUCGGAGGUCCAGUGCAUUAUCGAUACAUGUAUCCAAUUGAGAGGGAGUUAGGCCAUCUAAAAUCCCAUGUGCGAAGUAGAGCACAAGCAGAAGCAUCUAUAGCCGGAGGAUACUUAGCUGAGGAAUGUCUCACCUUUUGUUCUCGCUAUUUUGAGGAUAUAGAGACAAGGUUCAAUAGACCUAGACGUGUAUGUGAUGACCCACUUGACAGGGAAUGCUCAGAAUAUUGUCUCUUUCCGCCAGUGGGUAAAGCAGGGAGUUCUGGUACAACUUUUAUGUUGAGUGAAAAGCAAAAGCUACAAGCCCAUAGAUAUGUAUUGCUAAAUUGUCAAGCCGUCAAGGAUUAUGUGAAUGAAUUUAGAGAAUACAUAACAAGAAGUUCAAAGGGAAGGAGACCGAACCCCACAGACAUAGAGAAGAGAGUAUUUAAGGAUUUUGUUUCGUGGUUUGAAAAACGAAUAAUGAACCCGGAUACCAUAGAACAGCUGUCUACUGAUAUGAAAUUUUUAGCCCGAGGCCCCUUAUCAAAUGCAACGAGAUAUAGUGCUUAUAAAAUUAAUGGUUGCACCUUUCGAACUAUUGCUCGUGAAGAAGGUUUGAGGACACAGAAUAGUGGAGUAUAUUUAACCUCUAGUACACCAUGUGUUGCAAGUCGAGUUGACAGAAAUUUAAGACAAGGUGAUGUACCCUAUUAUGGCAAGUUGGAGGAUAUAAUUGAGGUUAGCUAUUAUGGGCGAUUCACUGUUGUUCUCUUCAAAUGUAAAUGGGCUGAUUCCACUCGACAUAGAGGAUAUAGAAGAGAUCAAUGGCAUUUUCAUUGUGUUAACUUUGAUAGACCAAUUCAUACUGGUGAACAUGAAGAAGAUGAGCCUUAUAUUCUAGCGUCACAAGCAUCAAUGGUAUACUAUGUAGAUGAUGUCGUUAACAAAGGAUGGAGUAUUGUUGUUCAUUUAAAACCAAGAGAUUUGUAUGAAAUGGGUGAUGAAAUUGAAGAGGCUGAAGAUGAGGACGAGCCACAUCAAGAGCAAGCUCUUGAUCAAUUUUUUGGUAACAGUGAUGAAUACAUUCAAUUGGCAACAAACGACUUGAUCGAUGACGUAGUUGACUCAUAA